AUGUCUUUCUCCAGCAUCCUCACCUACUUCGCCCUCGGCUACGCUGCCUUGACCAUCUUCUUCUACGCCAUGUCCCUCGUCAUUCCUCAAGCCGCCUUCGCCGCCCGCGCUCUCGCUUCAUACAUCUCGCUCCUCAUUGUUGCGGCCUACGGUGUCUUUGCCUCCAUCUUCCUCACUCUCAUCGGCAAGCAGGGCAUCGCGCAAUGGGCUGUCGGUCGCUCAUUUCACUACCUCAUGCUUUACACCACCGGUGUUGAGUUCGUCAUUGAGGAUCCUGACAAUGUCCUCGGAACCACGCGCCCUGCUGUCUUUGUCGGCAACCACCAGACCGAGCUCGAUGUUCUCAUGCUGGGAAGAAUGUUCCCCAAGUACUGCAGUGUUACCGCCAAGGCUUCUCUCAAGAAGGUGCCUUUCCUCGGCCAGUUCAUGUCCCUGAGCGGCUCCAUCUUUAUCGAUCGCAAAAACAGCAAGGAUGCCCGCGAUGCUAUGAAGGGUGCUGCGAGCGAGAUCCAGUCUAAGCGACAGAGUGUAUACAUGUUCCCCGAGGGUACUCGAAGCUACGCCAAGGAGCCCAUGCUGCUGCCUUUCAAGAAGGGCGCUUUCCAUCUUGCUGUCGAAGCUGGCGUUCCCAUCGUACCUUGCGUCGUCGCAAACUACAGCCACAUCCUCUACCCCAAGACUUUCACCUUCAAGUCUGGAAAGAUCCCUGUCAAGGUUCUUAAGCCUAUUCCCACAAAGGGUCUCACCGCCGCCGAUGUCGAGGAGCUUACCCGCACAACACGCGAAAUCAUGCUCAACGAACUCGUCACUGUCACAGCAAAGGCCCGUGGCCAACCUGUGGCCGUGCCAGCCUCUAUCUCUAACUCAACAAGCGGCAAGAGCUCUGCCAUCGAUACCAAUGGAUCUGCGCAAUAG